AUGGUCUGCCACAACAGCAAGGGAACACCCAAAACAGUUAGGCUAACCAAAUUCUGGUCUACACCAUUUGUUAGGUAUAACCUAGUAUUAGGGUAUCUAUGGCUGGCCGAGGCAGACCCAUGUAUCUGUUUCUCCACAGGAACCUACGAGUGGUUCACUGACGACGUCGAGAGAGUCCAGCUGGUGACCGCCGAACAAUUGUUCAGUGAUCUAGAGCCAGGCGAGCAGCCAUACCUGCUACAGCCUGAGAGUCUGGGCAUAGGUGGUCCAGCGGACGUCCAUCGGACGGACGCCGGACAGACGCCGGACGCGCCCCUCGCCGAAUGGUCAAGGAUUAUGGCAGUGGGAAUCGACGGCGGCCCCAUCCCAGAAGAUAACGCCCUAGAUAUGGAGGAGCUCAAGUAUGUGCCAGAGCACCUCCAUCACAAGUGGUUUGCCUUCAGCAAACGGCAGACAAGUGUGUUAGCACCACACCAGAAGUAUGAUCACUCCAUAGAUAUCAAGGCUGGUGCCAAGGUUCCCAACCUCCCGAUCUAUAACCUGUCCCGCCGAGAGCUGGAUAUACUCCAGGAAUACCUUGAGGCGGCACAGGAGAAGGGCUGGAUCCGCCCAAGCAAGUCGCCGGCGGGAGCCCCCAUCCUGUUCGUCCCCAAACCUGAUAGUACUAUGAGACUGUGCGUCGAUUACUGGGGAUUAAACAAGAUAACCAUCAAGAACCAGUAUCCUAUCCCACUGGUGAGCGAAAUAAUAGAUCGACUGUCGAAAGCGAAGGUCUUCACUAAGCUGGAUCUACGUGACGCCUAUCACAGGCUCCAGAUCAAGGAGGGCGAUGAGUGGAAGACCGCGUUCAAGACGCGAUACGGUCAUUUCGAAUACCUGGUCAUGCCGUUCGGGCUGGCCAACGCACCAGCCACGUUCCAAUCCUAUAUCCACCGAGCCCUGGGAGGCUUACUAGAUAGGAUCUGCGUGGUGUACCUGGACAACAUCCUUAUCUAUUCCCAGAACAAGGAGGACCACAACAAGCACGUCGAGGAGGUCCUAGAUCGUCUAGUUGAGUAG